AUUUGUUCGCAGGCUGACGUACCGCUCUCAACCUGCAGCCUAGCCUGGUCGUAGCCCCGCCUAAGCGCCCCCUCAGGCCAUCUCAAGUCUUCUCAGUGGACAGUUCCAAUUUCCCAUGUCCGGGGACUGAAUUUCGAUAACUGCCUUCCUCUGUUCCCCCAACUCUUUUGCCGCUUCUCUUGCCAAACCGAAGUCAACGGUCAUAGUACCAUUCUCUCGAUCCUGAUCACUCGUUACUGCAGUUUAUCCUUCUCUUGGUUUUCCUUCUUCCAAAUAUAGCAGCUUGUGGACAUCUUCCUUCUCUUGGCUUGGGUACAACUCUGAUGUCACUGAGCUCAGCUUCAGUCCGAGCUUCUUGGCUUCCACUCUCGCUAAUUCCCAGGCCUGCCCGACAUUGAUUUGCCUAAUCAUAGCCCCUUUCAAGUUCGCAUCACACCUCAACAAUAUAUAUUACCUGGUCCAAGCCUUCUGAGGUUGUCUCCUCUCGAAUACUCUCUAUACUUCGCCACAGAGCUCGGAGUUUGUCAAUAUUUCAUCCAACAUGCAGUCAGUGCAAAGGAAGUUUGGCAAGCUCAUGAGCAGAGGUCCUGGCGACAACGCCAAAGUCUCGGUCCUUCUGAAUGACUACGAAGAUGCAGAUCGUGUUCUGGCAAAGAUCAUUGAAAGUACAAAAUCUUGGCAAGAAUCAUGGAACAGCCUUGUGUCCUCUCAACUCGAUAUCGCCGUCGUCUACGCCUCCCUUUACGAUCCUAUAGUUGGCGCGUCCGACGGCCAUGGUCGCCCGGCCCAGCAGACUGGGGAGGACCAGCUCCGCCGGACUUUCGCACUCAAGGAGGCGUAUACUGAGCUGAGAACCGAACUUGUUGACGGUAUCCAAUCUAUUGAAAAGGAGGUCAUCAGCCCGGCCCUCGACGCUCGAAACUCCAUCGCUCCGAUACG